UGCUGUUGAAGCUGUUCAGAGCUGGAAAGAGUUUCAUUUCUGGAGAGAAGAGAGGACAAAGUGGGUCAGAUUAAGAAUUCCUCAUGAUGAAGAAAAGCAGAAGUGCCCAUGGAGGCGAGGAGAAUCCAGAGAUUCCUGUUGGACAAUAUUCCAGCAGCAGCACCCUCAGUGUGGAGGUGUGCAAAGUACACCGCCGAUUUUCUGGUAACCUGCAGCUGCCACCGCUGUCCUGGCGACAGGCAGAAAAGGAGAGGGACCGAGGCAGACCAGUGACACCAGAGGAUGAUCCCGCGACCCGAACCAGACCUACAAGCCUGCCUAUUGCCUCUCUGCCUCGCAUCGACAUCACACAGGCCGAUCCUGACAGCUUUGAGGCUGAAAAUGGUCCCUCGCUGUGUUGCAGUCCAUCAGACCCGCAGGCCUCUCCAGGUUCAGGUCUGGUCCUUCACCCAAACCUAGCGGGUCACAGUCAGCGCAGAGAGAGCUUCCUCUACCGGUCGGACAGCGAUUACGACCUCUCACCAAAGUCCCUGUCACGAAAUUCAUCCAUUGUUGGAGAACUGCAUACGGAGGAUCUGAUUGUAACUCCUUUCGCCCAGGUUCUGGCAAGCUUACGGACUGUUAGGAACAACUUCACCACCUUGACAAAUGUCCAAUGUCUGUCUAAUAAAAGAUCCCCUGCUGCAAAUCAACCCUCAGCCACUAAAGUCUGUCUCUCGGAUGAGUCCUACCAGAAGCUGGCCAUGGAGACGAUGGAGGAGCUGGACUGGUGUCUGGACCAGCUGGAGACCAUUCAGACCUACCGGUCCGUCAGCGACAUGGCCUCAAACAAGUUCAAGAGGAUGCUAAACAGGGAACUAAGCCACCUGUCAGAGAUGAGCCGCUCAGGCAACCAAGUGUCAGAGUACAUCUCCAACACCUUCCUAGAUAGGCAGAAUGAGUUGGAGCUUCCCUGUCCGGUUCAGAAGGUGAGGGAGAGGAAGAGGAAGCAGGGCCAGCAGCAGCACCAGCAGGUUGGGAUGAUGACACAGAUCAGUGGGGUGAAGAAGGUCAACCAUACGUCCAGCAUAUCGGGGAAUAGCGGAAACCGCUUCGGGGUGAAGACGGACCAGGAGGAGCUUCUCUCAAAAGACCUGGAGGACAUCAACAGAUGGGGGCUGAAUAUCUUCAAAGUGGCUGAGCAUUCUCACAACCGACCGCUCACCUGCGUCAUGUACAGAAUCUUUCAGGAGCGAGACCUGAUGCGUACGUUCAAGAUUCCAACCGACACCUUCGUGACCUUCAUGCUGACCCUGGAGGACCACUACCACUCGGACGUGGCCUACCACAACAGCCUGCACGCCGCCGACGUAGCGCAGUCCACGCACAUCCUCCUGUCCACGCCCGCUCUGGAUGCUGUCUUUAAAGACCUGGAGAUCUUGGCAGUCAUCUUCGCUGCAGCUAUUCAUGAUGUGGACCACCCAGGAGUGACCAACCAGUUUCUCAUCAACACCAACUCUGAGCUGGCUCUGAUGUACAACGAUGAGUCAGUGCUGGAGAAUCACCACCUGGCUGUGGGCUUCAAACUUCUGCAGGAAGACAACUGCGACAUCUUCCAAAACCUAACCAAGAAGCAGAGGCAGACGCUACGAAGGAUGGUCAUAGACAUUGUUCUGGCCACCGAUAUGUCCAAACACAUGAAUCUCUUGGCGAAUUUGAAAACCAUGGUGGAAACCAAGAAGGUGACCAGCUCUGGUGUCCUGCUGCUGGAUAAUUACACUGAUAGGAUGCAGGUGCUGUGCAACAUGGUUCACUGUGCUGACCUGAGCAACCCCACCAAGCCUUUGGAUCUGUACCGGCAGUGGACUGACAGGAUCAUGGAGGAGUUCUUCCACCAGGGAGACAGGGAGCGGGAGAAGGGGAUGGAGAUCAGCCCCAUGUGUGACAAGCACACGGCUUCAGUGGAGAGAACUCAGGUUGGCUUCAUAGACUUUAUCGUCCACCCUCUGUGGGAGACGUGGGCCGAUCUGGUCCAUCCUGACGCCCAGGACAUCCUGGACACGCUGGAGGACAACAGGAACUGGUACCAAAGCAUGAUCCCCCAGAGCCCCUCUCCUCCUUUCUACACCAGCGACGGAGAAGGAGGCCAACAUGGGGAUGGUGAAGGGGGUUCUGAAGCGAGUAAAUUCCCCUUCGAUUUGGCCAUGGACAGCCAGGAGAGACACACAGAGGACACGCCUGCUACAAGCGACCGCCUGAACAGAGACAAUCCGGUUGAACUUAAAGGAGUAGAAAUGACAACGCGUGACAUCUCUCCCGCAGAAACAUAGCCGAACCGAGAGACGGUCCCAGAAAAGGGACGCUUUUUACGCUGAGUUUGUUUAAUUGCAGUGGAGGCAUCCUGCAAUGAGGCUUUUUAGGGAGCUGUCUGGCAAAGAAAGCCUGUGUGAACGCUGGGCGCCCCUGCAAACGAGGCUCAGAAACCCUGCUGCAGCAUGUUUAUGCGCCCCAGCAGAAGGAGCUGAGAGUGUUUGUUUAAAGCAGAGAGUGCCGAGGCACGGCUGGAUCGGGGUUUUUAACGGACCGACCGUGCGGAUCCAAUGGUAUGAAUCUACGAACUGGGUUUAAAGGAAAAAACUUCCAAACUUGCACUUCAGGACAUUUUUUUUUAUCUUCAUGUAGAAUAUUUACAAAGUUUCGGGACCUAAUAACACAACCAAACCUACUGGUCUAUCGUCGUUUUUUUUCUUAACACUUGUUUAAAAAAAAAAAAAAGUUAAAAAAAAGUGCCUUUUUUUGUUUUAUUCUACAAUUGUCUCUUUUUGUAAAAGUUUUUUUUUUAUUAUUUAUUGAACACAUUUGUGUAGCUGUAAAACAUGUCCACUUUUCUAUGAGAGGACAUCAUUGUCUCUUAGUCUUCCUAAUGUUCUGGCAAUAGUCUAAACUUUUUCUCACAGGUGGAUGAAUGUGGAAAAUCUGUUGACUUCCUGGCACAAUUUUGCACUUUGCGUACAAGUGAAGCCAAAUAAUGUCAUUCAAGCAACCCAAAUAUAUAUAUUUUACCUCUAAUUCAUCAUGUCAGCCAGGUUCUAACCUUUAGAUAGAGAUAGAGGGAAAAGGGAGAAUACAUCCAAAGAUCCUCCAACAAACAAAAGAGCACUUUGAUGCGUUCACUGCCACAUUUUAUUAAAGGAAAACAUAAAGUUCAACCUCAGAUCACUCUUUGAAUUCAACAACUCCAACCUAUUGCUCUAAGGUAUACUCCAUUCCCCUCAAUCCACUUUCCAUUGUGAGUCAUUGAAAACUUUUAGAUGACUGAGAGGCUGUGCAAAGCUGAAAGGAACAAAACAUUUGUAAAAUUUGUAUUGUUUUUUUUUUUGUCGUUUUUUUUUCACCGCAGCACCUUGAAAAUACCAGCAACUCUGCAGCUGGUUGCAGAGCUGCUAGAAACUUCCUAAAAGGUACCACGACAUAUGAUGAGGGGAGAUCAGUUUGUAGUCAUAACAUGACAUUCUUCUGUGAAUUUGUGCACAUGUGGAGCGUGUAACUUCAAUGGUCACAGAACCGCACAAACAUUGUCGCACGGAGCUGUGUAGUGCCGACAGUAACGGCGUAUUUAUUACCUUUCCCUUGUAUAUAAUUAAUAACGGUUGCUAAUAUUUACAUAUAUUUAUAAGCACUACAAUACGUCAGAUGACAAUUUGACUGAAUAUGUCUGUAUUUAGUGAGAUAUUUUGCUAUUAGACCUCCUCUUGAAGUCCUGAAAAGUGCGUUUGCUUUGAGGCUCCAGCCUGAAACGGUCGUUGGUUCCUGACAGCAGCUUUUUCGGGGUCUUCGUUUCUGGGUAUGGAUAUGAAGGCUGGACGUUUACAGCGGCUUAUUGUGUACGGUGACGGGUCAUUGUACAGCUGGAGGAAUCUUUGCUGAAAUGUUUAGCAUUGUUUUAAAAUGUAUUUUUUCAGUGUUUUCCUCACAGUAUAUUGGUUAAAAAAAACAACAACAAUGGUGUAUGUUGUGCUGAACAAAUGUUUUCUAUGUGAUUAUUAAAAUGAGCAUGUGAAACAGAA